AUGUCUGCUCGACAACGUGUACUCAGAUCGGGGUCGGUUUUCGAUAGAGUCGAGGUUAUGAAUGAUAUUAUGAAGACCCUUGCAAGACCUGAGCUAAGUAAAAAACGACCGGCGCAGAAAACCAAGACCAAUGGGAUAAAGAAGGCCUGUAGAGAAGAUGGAACAAAGCCUCUAAAGCCUCGCAUAGAAUUUCCUCGAGGAGAAUUGCUUGGAAUUAAGCGUCGCAACAUAACAGGAAGAAGACACGUUCAGGCUACACGAUGCAUGGCAGGGUUGUAUCAAGCGUUUGAGCGUUGUACGGCGUGCAUUGCUCGCAAACAGGAGAACACGUGUCGGUUUGCAAAUUUUCGGGUGUUUGAGGUUAUUAUCGGGGACAAAAAAGAUGAACUAAUUUUCGGUCCCGACUUCGAAUCGAGAACGGAUCCGGAUCCGCCAUUCACAUAUCCAAACGAAUUUCCGAAAAAUCCGCUAACCAUUCACCGCCACGAAUACAUCGUCAAGACCACUGCCCGAACUCUAGACGGAAUUCUUGAACGCGAACUUCGCCAUUUAGACCAGCCAGAUGUAUUUCGUCGGCUUCCAGAUCGGGGGGAAAUUUGUUUGAGCUGUUACGACGAAUGGGAUGAAAGCGUUGAAGGAGAACCACCAGGCCAAUUGGCUUUCGUGGUUCGAUGUUCGACGACGAAGCAAAGUCAGGUCAAAAGGCAGCAUGCUAAAGAUCAAUUGGUUGCUGUGUCACAUUUGUCGCGUGAUGAAUGUGUGGGAGUGCUUCAGGAGACGAAAGAUAUCGUCCCUAUAAGCUUCUUAAACAAUGUUAGUCUUGAAACCGAUACGAGCAAACUAUACUACGACGCAGACGACAUAUCUUUCGAGGAUUUCCAACGCCACUGGAAGACGGGACUUCCGAUGGUAAUAACUAACCUGGGCAAACGGAGUCAAAUUCGGUGGACACCUGAAUACUUUAUUAAAGGUCAAGCAGGAGAAAUCUGCCGUUGCGUUAAUUCUAAUGUACAAGGCGAGGAAAUAUUGAUGACAGUUGAUGAAUUUUUUGCUGGAUUUGAUGACCACAGUCUCCGCAAGAUCUCACAGAAGGGAACUCCCAUAUGUCUGAAGCUUAAGGAUUGGCCCUCUGAUGCCGAUUUUAAAGAUAAGUUUCCAGAUUUGUUCGAAGACUUUUUCCGUUCUAUACCCUUUCCGGAAUAUACCACGCGUGAGGGUACAUUAAAUCUUGCCAGUCGCAUGCCGACGGAUUUUGUUCGACCGGAUCUCGGUCCUAAGAUGUACAAUGCGUAUGGCUCCAGCGAUAAGGCUGAUGGGAGAGGCACUACGAAUUUACAUCUAGACAUGACAGAUGCGGUUAAUUUGAUGAUGUAUGCAACUCCACUCGAACAACGUCCUGAACAUGAAUUACGAGAAAGAGAGGAUCGUCCAUCAACCGACCUUCGUGAAGACUCCCCAGCUGCAGUAUGGGACUUGUAUCUCCCUGUGGAUCUACCUAAACUUCGUGAAUUCCUUCGUGGGAUUGCUACGGAACAAAAUCUGCGAGUAGACGAUCCAAUACACGAUCAAUGCUUCUAUGUCGAUAAUCGGUAUCGGGAACGUCUCAAGCAAGAAUAUGGAAUUAGCGGUAUACGCGUCUAUCAGAAUCCUGGCGAUGCAGUAUUUAUACCUGCUGGAUGCGCACAUCAAGUGUGUAAUUAUACAUCUUGUGUUAAAACAGCAGUAGAUUUUGUUUCGCCUGAAGGAGUGGAAAGAAGUCUGUUGGAGUUCGGGCAUUUGUAUGAAGAACAAUUCAAUACGGACGUUACUGUUCAAGUUGGAGAAGAAGGACACUCGAAGAUCUUCCACGCGCACUGGUUGAUUUUAUGCGCACGUUCGUCAUAUUUCAAAAGAGAACUAUCUUAUGAUAAAGAUGACAACCAAGACAACUCACCAGGAAACUGCUCAAUUCCCCAUGUUAUUGAACGCAUUAAGCCCGAGACAUUUGAAAAGUUGCUUGGUUACAUAUAUACGGGAAUAUUUCUUAUUGAGGACGACAUUAAUAGUAAUCUGGAAAUGAUUGAGGGUGCGAGAAUACUUGAACUGAGUUCGAUGGAAGCAAUGCAAAGGGCGCUGAUCCUGAGAAAGGAAGAGGCAAUAUUACAUCAACUCGUGCAUGUGAGUCGUUUUGCAUCUCAACAUAAGGAGUUUGAAAUUCUUAACAAUUUUUGCAAGGAGACCAUUGAAGAAUUUCCAGAGAAUAUAUUCGCUGCUGCAGAUUUCUCAGAUAUUGAUAAUGAAACUCUGAUUGAACUAUUAAACAGAGAUAUUGAUUUACCUGAAGGUAAAAUAUGGGAACAUGUUCUUCGUUGGGGUGUAGCCAAAAAACCUGGACUCGAAUUAGAUGACUGGAAGGAUUGGUCUACUGCAGAUAUUGAGUUUGUGAAGGAUAUCCUUAAAGAUUGUAUUCCACUUAUAAGAUUUUUUCACAUGGAUGAUGGCGAAUAUAUUGAAAAAGUUGUGCCACUUAUUCAUUUGCUCCCACAUCAGUUACGUGUAGAUCUAGUUUCCUACAAACAGACUGAGGGUGCAUAUGAACCUAAAUCAAAUUUAUUACCGCCCAGGAAAAGAGUGUCAACAACCAAGAAACCUCAUAAUAUCUCAGACCCCUCCGCAAGCACCUCAUCAACUCAUAAGGAGCCUCCUAUACAUGCAGCAGAUAGUCAAAGUGAACCUUUGAAGCCUCAACCAGAACCCAGAAGUUCACCAAUGCCUUCAGAUGCAAAAGCCAAGUCAUUAAUUCUUAACAAUGCACAGAUCCAGUGGGUAUUAGGUAUUGCAAAAACGAUGAUAUGCAAUGAGCAUAACAUGAAAGAGACAUUUUACACAUGCUCUCUUAAGUUACUUUAUCGAGGUAGUAUUAAUGGUUAUAAACCAAACAAUUUCCAUAAACGCUGUGAUAAUCGAGGGCCUACUAUUACAGUUAUUAGAACCAAGGAAAAUAAUGAGAUAAUUGGAGGAUAUAACCCCACAAGUUGGGACAAAAAUAUUUGUGGUAAACGGAAAUUUACACAUACACUUUAUAGUUUUCUAUUUGCAGUGAAGUCAACCGGCAAUGUUGUAAGUUUUUGUCAAAAACCUGCCUCUGCUGUUCGUAAUGAGGCAGGUUAUGGGCCAGCUUUUGGUAGUGAUUUAGUUGUUGUUGGUAAUUUCUCAUAUCCUUGCAAUAGCACAACUCAAGAUUCAUAUGGUAUACCUAUUAGAGACAAUAGUGAACCAUUUUCUGUGGAGGAGAUUGAAGUAUUUAAG